CCUAAGUUGUCUGAUGACAAUCAGGAGAUUCGGCGGUCUAAGUGGCAGUGGAAAGCGCCGCAAAACCUUGCUGAUUUCUUUCGAGGGGAUUUACCUUCCUCUUCAGAGCCGGAGUACUCUGCGGACGGUUCCUCCGGUGAUAUUACUCUGCCCAUAGUACGAUCCACGGCCGUCUCUGGAGACAAUUUAAUUGGCUGGAUUGAACAUUUCCUUGGAGUUGAGGACAUUCAAGAGGCGGCUCAUAUUGCAAACGUUCUUUUAUUAUACGGAUACAUAUAUCCAUUGACGGACUACAAGUCUUCAAUUGUCAAGGAUGACCCUACAGCGUUCUACCGAUUCCAGGCUCCGUACUAUUGGAUUUCAAAAAUCCCCAAACCGGAUGCUAUGGACUACGCUAUCUAUCUUGUUAAGCGCACUCUGCGAAAACGGCAAAAGUAUGGUUUAGAGGAGUACGAGCAAUCGGCACUGCAUCGACUGCAGAAUAUGCUUGGUCACAAAUGGGAGUUCAUUUGCAUUCAAGCAGCAAACCAAGUUCGGCUUUAUAAAGAAAGGCGUAAGAGUGACAAAAUUGUCUUGGAGGCCCAGGUUGGUGUAAAUCGCGUCAAAUUCGACGUGCCUGUUGAGGAAAGAGUCGUCAGAGUAAAUGGCUUCUAA